AUGAAAUCCUCUCACAACCAGCUGUGCAGUACAUGGGGAAACUACCAUUUUAAGACUUUCGAUGGAGAUUUCUUCCAGCUUCCCUCUGCUUGCAACUACAUCCUUGCAUCCCAUUGUAAGUGCAGCUAUGAGGAUUUCAAUAUCCAGCUCCAACGGCAGGAGAUAAAUGGGGUCACGUGCAUUAAGAGGAUCUCUAUGAGACUGGAUGGGGUCGUGGUGGAAUUGACCAACUCUUCCAUCAAAGUUGAUGAUAAACUGGUCUCCAUACCAUACAACCACAUUGGCAUUACAAUUGAAAGAUCUGUCUCUUUUGUUAAAAUCGUGGCAAAGCUGGGUUUGGUCAUCUUGUGGAAUGAAGACGACUCUUUCUGGGUUGAGCUAGAUGCAAAAUUCAAGAAUCAAACAUGUGGACUGUGUGGUGACUUCAACGGAGUCCAGCAUGAUGAUGAGUUAAUCAAAACAGGAACAGGGGAUUCUAUAACUACUGAAUAUUUUGGGGAGGUCUGGAAAGUCAAUGGUCCUACUGAAAUCUGUGAGGACAUGUCCCCUCCAGCCACACAGACCUGUCCGAAUCAGAGAGACCUAUGUGAGCACCUUCUGUCAGGACCUGCAUUCCUCAGCUGUAAAGACCUAAUUGAUACUGACUCCUUCAUCAAAGCCUGUAUGAAGGACCUGUGCAAUUGUAACAGCAGCAUUUCUUCAUGCUUGUGUUCGACCAUAUCAGAGUACUCCCGUGAAUGCGCUCACGCAGGCGGAAAGCCACAGCAAUGGAAGACCGAGCAACUGUGUGGUAAAACAUGCCCACUGAACUUGGAGUACAGGGAAUGCGCUAGUCCAUGUACUGACACCUGCAGCAACCCCCAGAGAAGCCAAGUGUGUGGGGAUCACUGCGUGGAUGGAUGCUUUUGUCCAUCUGGGACUGUCUUUGAUGACAUCACAAAACGUGGGUGUGUUCCUGUUGGCCAGUGCUCCUGCGUACACAAUGACAAGCCAUACCAAGCUGGGGAAACCUACUCAAGGGCAUGUCGAGAAUGCACCUGUAAACAUGGUCAGUGGGACUGUAAGGAUAAGGGCUGUCCCGGUACCUGCUCCAUACUGGGUGGCUCCCACAUCUCCACCUAUGAUGAUAAAACAUACACUUUCCACGGAGAAUGCUCUUAUGUUCUCUCAAGGGAAGGUAAUGGGACUUUCAGUGUUCUGGGUGACCUGGUCCAAUGUGAAAAGUCAGAAAAAUCAACUUGCCUGACUGCAGUCACUCUACUACUUCCAAAAUACAAGCAGAUGAUUGUAGUUGCAGCUGAUGGACAGGUUUUUGUUAACAAACUGAUGUCUCAACUGCCUCUUUUCAUUGAUGGCAUAACCAUCUUCAGCCCAUCAACAUUUUACAUUGUUAUCCAUACCACCUACGGGCUUCAUCUUGAGAUUCAGCUCACACCCAUUAUGCAGGUUUACAUAAAAGCCAGUGUCUCCAAUAAGGGAAAACUCAGUGGCCUUUGCGGAGAUUUUAAUGAUGUUGAAGCUGAUGACUUCAGAACCACAAAUGGAUUGAUUGAGGGAACAGCUGUUACAUUUGGCAACACAUGGAAGACCAAAACAAGCUGUCCUGAUGUGACAAACAUACUUGGGGACCCCUGCAUUUUGAGUGUAGACAAGGAGAAAUAUGCCAAUCACUGGUGUUCCCUGCUGUCAGACACAAAAGACAUUUUUGCCCCAUGCCAUUCUGAAAUAGACCCACAAGACUAUCAAGAUUCUUGCAUUUAUGACACGUGUGCCUGUGAAAACAGUGAGGAGUGCAUGUGUGCUGCCAUCUCCUCCUAUGCCCAUGCAUGUGCUGCUGCCGGUGUCUCACUGAUUGGAUGGAGGGAGAAAAUGUGCAAGAAAUACACAACUGACUGCCCUCCUACUUUGGUGUAUGACUACCAGAUGACAAGCUGUGGUCGCACCUGUCGCUCUCUUAGUCAGUCAGACUUCACGUGUGAGGCUGAAUUAGUCUUGUUUGAUGGCUGCGGCUGUGCUGAAGGAACUUACCUAAAUGAGAAGGGAAAGUGUGUGUCAGCCACACAGUGCUCCUGCUAUAUGGGAGACAUGGUGGUGCACCCCGGGCAUUUCAUCAAGGUCAAUGGAAAAACUUGCUACUGCCAUCGUGGAAAAAUAAGCUGUUCAGGCGGCCACAUAAAUGAAUCAUGCGCCAAUCCAAUGGUUUUCUUCGACUGCUCAAGUGCAAAGCCAGGUGAAAAGGGAUCAGAUUGCCAAAAAAGCUGCCAGACACUGGACACAGAAUGUGUCAGUGCACAGUGUAUCUCCGGCUGUGUGUGUCCUGAUGGCCUUUUGUCAGAUGGUAAAGGAGGCUGUAUUGAGAAGGAACACUGUCCCUGCACAUAUAAUGGAGAAUCCUAUAAGUCUGGACAGACGAUCACUGUGGACUGCAAUACCUGCACUUGCAAAAGCAGAAAAUGGGAAUGUACAGAUCAUCAGUGUGAUCGAACCUGUACAAUAUAUGGAGAAGGGCAUUACAUCACUUUUGAUGAAAAGAAAUUCUCCUUCACUGGGGACUGUGGCUACGUCUUCACUCAGGAUUACUGUGGGGAUGAUAAAAGUGGCACCUUCAGGGUCCUGACUGAGCGUAUCCCAUGUGGAACAACUGAAAGCAUCUGCUCCACUGCUAUCAAGCUCUACUUAGGGAACAAUGAAAUUGCUCUUUCAGAGGAGAGUGUCAGAGUUAUCAAACAAACCAAUGGGAUAGACAUACCCUAUAAGGUUCACACUGUUGGUAUAUAUCUUGUCAUUGAGGCAAGUAAUGGUCUUGUUCUCAUUUGGAAUAAAAAGACAACAAUCAUGAUCAAACUCAGCUCUGCAUUCAAGGGCAAAGUCUGUGGUCUGUGUGGGAAUUACGAUGGAAAUAUCAAGAACGAUUUCACCACCAGAAACAAAGAAGUUGUGGUUGAAGCCCUUGAGUUUGGAAACAGCUGGAAAGUGUCCCCUACCUGCCCUAACGCAAAAGCAGUAAACAAUCCCUGCAGCCUGUACUCCCACAGGCAGGCGUGGGCAGUGAAACACUGCAGCAUUAUCAAGAGUAAAGUGUUUGCUGCCUGCCAUUCGAAGGUGGAUCCCCAAAACUAUUAUGAUACCUGUGUGAGAGACACAUGUGCCUGCAAUACAGGAGGAGAUUGCGAAUGUUUCUGCUCCGCUGUAGCAGCCUACGCAGCAGUCUGUAAUGAGGCUGGAGCCUGUGUGAAAUGGAGAACUCCCACAAUCUGCCCUCUAUUCUGUGAUUUUUACAACCCUGAUGGAGAGUGUGAAUGGCACUAUGAGCCUUGUGGAAAACCAUGCAUGAAAACAUGCAGGAAUCCCUCAGGAAGAUGCUACAAUCAAAUUCCAGCAUUAGAAGGCUGCUAUCCAAGUUGCCCACCUGAACAAUCGUAUUUGGAAGAAGUUACCAUGAAGUGCGUGUCAAAGGAGGAAUGUGGCUGCUAUGAUGAUGAAGGGAAGCAUUAUGAUGAAGGAGAGAUAAUGACUCCAAACAGAAACUGUCAAAAGUGUUACUGCUCUUCGACAGAGAAGGAGUGCACCUCUGAUGUCCAAGCUUGCACUUGUUUAUAUGGAGGACGUAUAUACAAAUAUGGAGAAACAGUCUAUGACACACAUGAUGGAGAUGGAACCUGUAUAACUGCUGUUUGUGGAAAAAAUGGAAAUAUUGACAGAAAUGUCAAGCCUUGCCCUACAACUACAACAACCGAGAUACCAACUACUACAACAGUCUUUGUUUUUACAACAACUCAAACUAUUACUCCAAGCAUUUCAACUAAGGCAGUUACAACAAUUCAGACACUCUCAACAACAGUUUUUACAACAACAGCAGUGCCAUCUUCCUCAUUGCCUUCACCCACAACCACCAUCCCCUCAACAACAAUCACCUGCUUUGUUUGUGAGUGGUCAGGUUGGAUCAACAAUCAUUACCCUGACAAUACCCCGGAUGGUGGAGAGUAUGAAUCCCUAGAAAACAUUACUAAUCCAGAUCUGAGUGUUUGCAGAAAGCCUCUGGAAAUAGAAUGUAGAGCGAAACAAUACAAAGAUAUAUCUUUGAAUGAUCUGGGUCAAAAAGUAACAUGCAACCCAACAGAUGGACUGAUCUGUCAUAACAAAGACCAAGGUGUACCACCUGUUUGUCAUGACUAUGAAAUACGAGUCAAAUGUUGCACAUAUGUGUGUGAGUCAACCCCUGCUACAACCCUAACAAUGAGCACAGAAAAACCAACCACAACAACCACAAUCACUGAACAAUCAACCACACCAACCACAGUUUCACAAAAAUCCAGCACUACUGCCACCACAACCACAGAAAAACCUACCACAAUCACAGAAAAAUCAGCCAUACCAACUACAACCACAGAACAGCCUGGCACCACAACAAAAAUCACAGAAACUACAAAAGAGACCAUCAUCACAGCAACAACAGAAAGGGGAGCCACCACAAUUACAAAGAAGCCAACAAGCUCAACCACAGAAAAGCCAACCACACGAACCACAAUCAUGGAAAAACCCACAACAACAGAAAUAAUCACUGAAAAAUCCACCCCAGGAACCACAACACCUAACUGCUUUGUUUGUAACUGGUCAGGUUGGAUCAACAAUCAUUACCCUGACAAUACCCCAGAUGGUGGAGAGUAUGAAUCCCUAGAAAACAUUACUAAUCCAGAUCUGAGUGUUUGCAGAAAGCCUCUGGAAAUAGAAUGUAGAGCGAAACAAUACAAAGAUAUAUCUUUGAAUGAUCUGGGUCAAAAAGUAACAUGCAACCCAACAGAUGGACUGAUCUGUCAUAACAAAGACCAAGGUGUACCACCUGUUUGUCAUGACUAUGAAAUACGAGUCAAAUGUUGCACAUAUGUGUGUGAGUCAACUCCUGCUACAACCCUAACAAUGAGCACAGAAAAACCAACCACAAUCACUGAACAAUCAACCACACCAAUCACAGUUUCACAAAAAUCCAGCACUACUGCCACCACAACCACAGAAAAACCUACCACAAUCACAGAAAAAUCAGCCAUACCAACUACAGUUACAGAAAAACCCACAACCACAAAGAAGAUUACCAUGACAACACACAAAGUAGUUACGAAUUCAAGACCAUCAGCAACAACAGUCACCCAAAAGCCCUCAAUCAUUAACACAACAGCCACAGAAAAGCCCACUGAAACCACAGUCACAGAAACACCCACCACCCUUGCAACCACAGAAAAGCCAACUACACAAACCACAAUCACAGAAAAACCCACAACAACAGAAAUAAUCACUGAAAAAUCCACCCCAGGAACCACAACACCUAACUGCUUUGUUUGUAACUGGUCAGGUUGGAUCAACAAUCAUUACCCUGACAAUACCCCAGAUGGUGGAGAGUAUGAAUCCCUAGAAAACAUUACUAAUCCAAAUCUGAGUGUUUGCAGAAAGCCUCUGGAAAUAGAAUGUAGAGCGAAACAAUACAAAGAUAUAUCUUUGAAUGAUCUGGGUCAAAAAGUAACAUGCAACCCAACAGAUGGACUGAUCUGUCAUAACAAAGACCAAGGUGUACCACCUUUUUGUUAUGACUAUGAAAUACGAGUCAAAUGUUGCACAUAUGUGUGUGAGUCAACCCCUGCUACAACCCUAACAAUGAGCACAGAAAAACCAACCACAACAACCACAAUCACUGAACAAUCAACCACACCAACCACAGUUUCACAAAAAUCCAGCACUACUGCCACCACAACCACAGAAAAACCUACCACAAUCACAGAAAAAUCAGCCAUACCAACUACAACCACAGAACAGCCUGGCACCACAACAAAAAUCACAGAAACUACAAAAGAGACCAUCAUCACAGCAACAACAGAAAGGGGAGCCACCACAAUUACAAAAAAGCCAAUAAGCUCAACCACAGAAAAGCCAGCCACACGUACCACAAUCACGGAAAAACCCACAACAACAGAAACAAUCACUGAAAAAUCCACUCCAGGAACCACAACACCUAACUGCUUUGUUUGUAACUGGUCAGGUUGGAUCAACAAUCAUUACCCUGACAAUACCCCAGAUGGUGGAGAGUAUGAAUCCCUAGAAAACAUUACUAAUCCAGAUCUGAGUUUUUGCAGAAAGCCUCUGGAAAUAGAAUGUAGAGCGAAACAAUACAAAGAUAUAUCUUUGAAUGAUCUGGGUCAAAAAGUAACAUGCAACCCAACAGAUGGACUGAUCUGUCAUAACAAAGACCAAGGUGUACCACCUGUUUGUCAUGACUAUGAAAUACGAGUCAAAUGUUGCACAUAUGUGUGUGAGUCAACCCCUGCUACAACCCUAACAAUGAGCACAGAAAAACCAACCACAACAACCACAAUCACUGAACAAUCAACCACACCAACCACAGUUUCACAAAAAUCCAGCACUACUGCCACCACAACCACAGAAAAACCUACUACAAUCACAGAAAAAUCAGCCAUACCAACUACAACCACAGAACAGCCUGGCACCACAACAAAAAUCACAGAAACUACAAAAGAGACCAUCAUCACAGCAACAACAGAAAGGGGUGCCACCACAAUUACAAAAAAGCCAACAAGCUCAACCACAGAAAAGCCAGCCACACGUACCACAAUCACGGAAAAACCCACAACAACAGAAACAAUCACUGAAAAAUCCACUCCAGGAACCACAACACCUAACUGCUUUGUUUGUAACUGGUCAGGUUGGAUCAACAAUCAUUACCCUGACAAUACCCCAGAUGGUGGAGAGUAUGAAUCCCUAGAAAACAUUACUAAUCCAGAUCUGAGUUUUUGCAGAAAGCCUCUGGAAAUAGAAUGUAGAGCGAAACAAUACAAAGAUAUAUCUUUGAAUGAUCUGGGUCAAAAAGUAACAUGCAACCCAACAGAUGGACUGAUCUGUCAUAACAAAGACCAAGGUGUACCACCUGUUUGUCAUGACUAUGAAAUACGAGUCAAAUGUUGCACAUAUGUGUGUGAGUCAACCCCUGCUACAACCCUAACAAUGAGCACAGAAAAACCAACCACAACAACCACAAUCACUGAACAAUCAACCACACCAAUCACAGUUUCACAAAAAUCCAGCACUACUGCCACCACAACCACAGAAAAACCUACCACAAUCACAGAAAAAUCAGCCAUACCAACUACAACCACAGAACAGCCUGGCACCACAACAAAAAUCACAGAAACUACAAAAGAGACCAUCAUCACAGCAACAACAGAAAGGGGAGCCACCACAAUUACAAAAAAGCCAACAAGCUCAACCACAGAAAAGCCAGCCACACGUACCACAAUCACGGAAAAACCCACAACAACAGAAACAAUCACUGAAAAAUCCACUCCAGGAACCACAACACCUAACUGCUUUGUUUGUAACUGGUCAGGUUGGAUCAACAAUCAUUACCCUGACAAUACCCCAGAUGGUGGAGAGUAUGAAUCCCUAGAAAACAUUACUAAUCCAGAUCUGAGUGUUUGCAGAAAGCCUCUGGAAAUAGAAUGUAGAGCGAAACAAUACAAAGAUAUAUCUUUGAAUGAUCUGGGUCAAAAAGUAACAUGCAACCCAACAGAUGGACUGAUCUGUCAUAACAAAGACCAAGGUGUACCACCUGUUUGUCAUGACUAUGAAAUACGAGUCAAAUGUUGCACAUAUGUGUGUGAGUCAACCCCUGCUACAACCCUAACAAUGAGCACAGAAAAACCAACCACAACAACCACAAUCACUGAACAAUCAACCACACCAACCACAGUUUCACAAAAAUCCAGCACUACUGCCACCACAACCACAGAAAAACCUACCACAAUCACAGAAAAAUCAGCCAUACCAACUACAACCACAGAACAGCCUGGCACCACAACAAAAAUCACAGAAACUACAAAAGAGACCAUCAUUACAGCAACAACAGAAAGGGGAGCCACCACAAUUACAAAAAAGCCAACAAGCUCAACCACAGAAAAGCCAGCCACACGUACCACAAUCACGGAAAAACCCACAACAACAGAAACAAUCACUGAAAAAUCCACUCCAGGAACCACAACACCUAACUGCUUUGUUUGUAACUGGUCAGGUUGGAUCAACAAUCAUUACCCUGACAAUACCCCAGAUGGUGGAGAGUAUGAAUCCCUAGAAAACAUUACUAAUCCAGAUCUGAGUGUUUGCAGAAAGCCUCUGGAAAUAGAAUGUAGAGCGAAACAAUACAAAGAUAUAUCUUUGAAUGAUCUGGGUCAAAAAGUAACAUGCAACCCAACAGAUGGACUGAUCUGUCAUAACAAAGACCAAGGUGUACCACCUGUUUGUCAUGACUAUGAAAUACGAGUCAAAUGUUGCACAUAUGUGUGUAAGUCAACCCCUGCUACAACCCUAACAAUGAGCACAGAAAAACCAACCACAACAACCACAAUCACUGAACAAUCAACCACACCAACCACAGUUUCACAAAAAUCCAGCACUACUGCCACCACAACCACAGAAAAACCUACCACAAUCACAGAAAAAUCAUCCAUAUCAACUACAACCACAGAACAGCCUGGCACCACAACAAAAAUCACAGAAACUACAAAAGAGACCAUCAUCACAGCAACAACAGAAAGGGGAGCCACCACAAUUACAAAAAAGCCAACAAGCUCAACCACAGAAAAGCCAGCCACACGUACCACAAUCACGGAAAAACCCACAACAACAGAAAUAAUCACUGAAAAAUCCACUCCAGGAACCACAACACCUAACUGCUUUGUUUGUAACUGGUCAGGUUGGAUCAACAAUCAUUACCCUGACAAUACCCCAGAUGGUGGAGAGUAUGAAUCCCUAGAAAACAUUACUAAUCCAGAUCUGAGUGUUUGCAGAAAGCCUCUGGAAAUAGAAUGUAGAGCGAAACAAUACAAAGAUAUAUCUUUGAAUGAUCUGGGUCAAAAAGUAACAUGCAACCCAACAGAUGGACUGAUCUGUCAUAACAAAGACCAAGGUGUACCACCUGUUUGUCAUGACUAUGAAAUACGAGUCAAAUGUUGCACAUAUGUGUGUGAGUCAACUCCUGCUACAACCCUAACAAUGAGCACAGAAAAACCAACCACAACAACCACAAUCACUGAACAAUCAACCACACCAAUCACAGUUUCACAAAAAUCCAGCACUACUGCCACCACAACCACAGAAAAACCUACCACAAUCACAGAAAAAUCAGCCAUACCAACUACAGUUACAGAAAAACCCACAACCACAAAGAAGAUUACCAUGACAACACACAAAGUAGUUACGAAUUCAAGACCAUCAGCAACAACAGUCACCCAAAAGCCCUCCAUCAUUAACACAACAGCCACAGAAAAGCCCACUGAAACCACAGUCACAGAAACACCCACCACCCUUGCAACUACAGAAAAGUCAGUGGUAACAACUACAGUUACCAAAACACCAAUCAUAUCCCCCACCACAUUUACAGUAUUGUCCACCUCAACCACCAAAAUGUUUACCACAACAGAAAGGCUCAGGACUACUGCUGCCACAGCCAAAGGAAAGCCAACUACCCUAGAAGAAACCACAGAAAAGCCCACCUCACUAACUCUCGAAACCACAACUUCAUCGCCUUCAACUCUUCAGUCUUCAACCCCAGUUGAAUGUUUCUGCAAGUACUUGGAUCAGACUUUCUCUCCUGGUAGUUUCAUGUACAAUAAGACUGAUGGAGCAGGCUGGUGUUUCACUGCAUAUUGCAAUUCGACAUGCCAUGUUGAGAAGCUGGCCAGACCAUGUCACUCUACUACUCCACCAACCCCUGCCACAACCACCACCACAAAAUCUGGCACAAUUGGCUCAACAACCAGCACAACUACAGUAUCCACUGUGAAACCCCCAAAAGACUGUUCAUAUCUCACACCACCUAGAAAGGAUGGUGAGACCUGGAGUUUAGACAACUGUGCCAAUGAAACAUGUGUUGAUGGAAAAGUAAUGAAAGAACAUGUGCCAUGUUACCCAGGACCCAUACCUAAAUGUGAAAAUAGGCAACCUGCAGUUAAGGUUUAUGAUAAAGCAGGCUGCUGUUUCCACUAUGAGUGCAAAUGUGUUUGCUCUGGCUGGGGAGAUCCUCAUUAUGUGACAUUUGAUGGCCAAUAUUACAGCUUCCAGAAAAACUGCACCUAUGUCCUGGUCAAAGAGAUCAUUCCUCGACACAAUUUUAAGGUCCUUAUUGACAACGAAAACUGUGAUGCCUCUGGAACUGUGACCUGUGCUAAUGCCUUGAUUGUGUACUACAAAAACUAUGAAGUUAUUCUUACACAGGAGAGGAUCCCAAAGACAGUGAACAUGGUGUUCGUCAACGGCAAACGCAUAUUUCCAACCUACUCUAAUAAUGACUUCAUCAUCACAAGUACUGCAAUUGAGCUGCUUCUGAGAAUCCCAGAAAUUGAAGCAGUUGUGAUGUUCAAAGGGCUUUUAUUCAGUGUUGACUUGCCGUAUUCCCUUUUCCACAACAACACAGAGGGACAAUGUGGUACCUGUGACAAUUAUAGAAAAAAUGACUGCAGAUUACCAACUGGCCAGAUUCAUCCCUCUUGCUCUGAGAUGGCACAUCAGUGGCAUGUACCAGAUAAGAAGAAGCCAUAUUGUGAGAAGCCUCCUCCUCCUCCUCCUUCACCAAAACCAACACCAACAUCAACACCUUGCAAACCUGAUAUUUGUGAAGUUUUGAUAAGCAAGGUGUUUGAGGAAUGCCACAAAGUAAUUCCACCACAAAACGUUUAUGAGGCCUGUAAAUUUGAUGUUUGCCACAUGAAGGAUCCCAGUGUGGGUUGUUCCAGUAUGGAGGCGUAUGCCAUGAUGUGCACUGAAGCGUCUGUCUGUGUAGACUGGAGGAACGCUACAAAUGGACAAUGCGAGCAUAAAUGUCCAGAAAAUAAAGUCUACAAGCCUUGUGGACCAAUUGUUAUACCAACUUGCAAUGCACGAUACAAUGAGAAGUAUACACAAAAAUGCCAGGGAGAAAAAAGAAACCAGGACCGUGUCUGUACUGCAUUUAUGGAGGGAUGUUUCUGCCCAGAGGGGAUGACCUUGUUCAGUUCAAACUCCGACCUCUGUGUCUCCUCCUGUUGCACUGGACCUGAUGGCCAACCUAAACAGCUUGGUGACACUUGGCGGAGUGGCUGUAAGCAGUGUGUUUGUGAUGAGGACACACUGAGUGUUCAGUGUGAGCCUCUCGCAUGUCCCACUCAAGAACCCAUAACCUGUAACAAGGAAGGUGAGGUGUUGGUGAACCACACAGUGGACUGCUGUGAGAGACUGACAUGUGAAUGUGACAAAAAAAGCUGUUCUGUGCUGAAACAGAAGUGCAAACUGGGAUUUGAGUUGGAGAUCCAAGUCUCAAAUGAUAGUUGCUGCCCCUCAUGUGUACCCAAAGGCGUCUGUGUCUUCAAUGAAACUGAAUACAGGCCAAAUAUGACUUUUCCCAAAAGUCCAUGUGAAACAUGCCACUGUACUGAAGCUCAAGAUCCAGACACCAAGUUGAACAUCAUUCAGUGUCAUGUGAUAGACUGCAUCAUUCAUUGUCCAGAGGGCUAUGAGUAUGUAAAUCAACCUGGACAAUGUUGUGGAACAUGUAAAAGGACAAAAUGUAUUCUUGAGCUCCCAGGCCUCACUUCUCCAAUAAUUAUUGAGCCUUCUCAGUCUUGGUCGCCACCAAAUGACAACUGUACCAAGUAUGACUGCCAAAAGGUGAAGGAUGACCUUAUUGUCUCUGUAAAUGUAACAAAGUGCCCUCACUUUGAUCCAGACAACUGCGUUCCUGGUACUGAACAAAGUGACAUGAACGGCUGUUGCAAAACCUGUACUCCUCGUUACAACUGUCAAAAGCACACAAACACCACCUAUCUGCAGACAAAGAACUGCAAGUCAGUUGUGCCAGUGGAAAUCACAGCCUGCGAGGGGUCCUGUGGAGCGUCGUCCUCAAUGUAUUCUGCGGAGAGCAACAAUUUGAUGCAUUCAUGCUCAUGCUGUCAAGAAAUGGCCACCAGCAAGAAGGAGGUGGAGAUGAUCUGCUCUGAUGGCACAAAGAUAAAACACUCCUACAUUUCAGUUGACAAGUGUGGUUGCCAAGUCGCCGAAUGUAAAAAGAGCACCUAGGACUAAUGUUCAAACAUUAUGAGAGGCAAACAAAAUGAAAAAUAAGCUUUAUUGAACUGAAAUUCUGUCAAAUAUACUUUUAUAAUCUUUAACAAUUCCACUCCACUCUAAAAAUUAGGAGAGUCAAGACUCAAUAUGUGAAGACCACCAGAGGCACAUCUUUAGUGUAUUAGCUGUUACAUUAAGGCUGAGAUUUAUCAGCAGUCCCAUAUUCCAAAUUAGUUAAACAUCAUGGUCUGAAAUGUUUCAUACUUUGAGAUAUUAGACCUGCAUGGUUUUGUCCAUAGUGCUAAAUGGUGAUAAAAUGUUUCCUUCACCUCUGGGAAUUGGCCCUUUGAACUUUCACAAUAGCCGUCAUUACUUCAACAGCACAUAUUGGUGUCAUGGUGACUCUUUUAGCUUUUGAAGGGGUGGUUCCUUUUUACAAUCUCUAUUAAUCUCCAUGUGGUGUUUUCAGCCUUAGAGGGUGUUUCGCUUCCUUUUACUGACUUGAAAGAUAAAAGACACAAGAAUGGGUUCAGAUAUACAAUACGUUGUAGCAAUACUUUCAGUAGACUUUCUUUUGCAUUGGACAUGAGAAAUAUAUUUGUGGUAAAACAUAAAACAUGGAUUUUAAUUUUAAACUAUUAGUGGUCAUUAUUUCUAACCAUUCCAUCAAUAUAAAUUGUCUCAUAAUUUGAUGAAUAUAUCCUAGUGAUUGAGGAAAGAGUGUAAGAAUAUAAUCCAAACUAUCUGAAGUGUCAAACGUCUGUCAAAUCUGAAUUUCUUCGUUGUCAUUAAAAUGCACAG